GUCAGCACUAGAGUCUAGACCUAGAGUCUGGGGAGGCGAGAGUCGAGACGGAUUGCAUGUUUGGAGCAUUAACUCCAUUCGGUCUGUAAACUAUAAAAAAUAUCUAGGACGUUUCUCAAGAGAUGGAAGAGAGGACUAUUAACAGUUCCGCUUUCUUUUCUCGUGCGAGUACCUAGUCGAAAAUAGUGCUUCCCGGGAGGAAAAGUGCGAUGAUCAGAACGGGAAAAACGGCCGCUCAGCCGACAAAGGCCUCGAACAACGUCUCCAAGCAGGAGGCGACCUGCAACUACGAACCGCGCAUCUGCAACCAGCCGGUCCUCGAGAACUACGACUAUUGCUUCAAACACAUUUUGGAGGAUAAAAACGCUCCGUACAAACCUUGUGGAUACGCUUAUCCGUCCAACAACAAAAGGUGCCUCCUCCCAGCACCUAGGGGCGACAAAAGGGACAUCGGAUAUUGUACUUUACACGUUUGGAAGGCACAAAUGAAAAGGCAGAGGUCAAUAGCGAAGCAUGUUCCACCUGCUACCCCUGAGUCGUUAUUGUCAGGCCUUUCCCACUAUGUUCGACCUAUAAGGUCAACUUUGAAAAUUGACGGAGAUGAUUAUAACAAUACCACUAGGACAAGGCCCAUAAACCUAUUUGUCGAAGCUGAUGUCACCAAGGCAUCUGCAUAUCGCUCACAUGUCUUAGAAUGCGCUAGUGAGUCUGACAGCGAUGUUGAGACAGCUACCCUUGAUAACAUUUGGACAGGGGAGAAUGAAGAUUCCUCAGAUGCUGAAAGCAUCGAUAGUCAAAUGGAUGACCCAUUGAAACAUGCAUCCUAUUUCACAGCAGAGGAAGCAGUAGUCAUGACAAGAAAUAAACUUUUGAGACUUCAGGUUCUUUACCAAAAACAAUUUGACAGGCUGACCCAUCUCCUGAGGGAAAAACGUCGUAAAUAUUUACAUGCUCUGAGGAAAGAAAAGGAAACGUACUCUUCGAUUUAUGACCAACCGAGAACAUCAGCAAAAGAAAUAAAAUUGUAUGAAAAGCUCAAGGCGCUCAACAGGUACCAUAAAAGAUCAACUGCUGAAUCAGCAGCAUAUUUUGCUAUGCUGGAAAAAAAGAUGAAGCAAGACCUUGGGCCAAAUUAUGUCAAGUCCUCUAUGCCUGGCAGCGUACAAAAAUGUGCGUUCACUGAAGGUGGAGUUAGGUGUUCACGAGCCACUAUUCCACUGACGAGACACUGCCUGAAGCAUAUGCUAGAAGACUCGAAUCAGUGUUUAUUCAGGGCUUGUGGCUGCACCAAAGGUGGAAAUGUUUGCCAGGACACUGUGACAGGUUUAUGCACGGGUGAAACUUGUGUGCUCCACAUUAAGUUAUCAAAUUUGCCCCAUUCCAAUUUUCCAACCACCCCUCGUGCAUUGUAACUCGGAUUAACUACUAGUAUUCUUCUUUAGUAAUCAGUAAAUAGUGAACACUUGUAAGUUGAUGCUUUGAUAGUUGUGACUUCCUCACCUUAAUCCUGUUGUGCUGUGAUAUAUUUAUUUAUAACUAAAAGCAAAUUUGGAUAAAAAUAACAUUAACAAAGUAAUAUUGAAAAAAGGAUUAUAUUAUUCAGAUGUUUGGAAUUUUAAACAAGUUUAGAGACAAAUUUGUUUCCCCUCUCCACCAUUCAGUAGUUUUAAUAGACAGAUAUUAGAAUGAAUUGUGGCCCAUAAUUUAAAAAAAUCUUAAUUCAAUAAGGCUGUAAGCGAGAAGUUUAGAUGAGGAUGUAAAAUACUGUCAAUUAAAAUAACAUCUUAAACUAAAAAUUACUGUUCCAAACCAGUAAGUACUGUAUCCUUUAUUGAUUUACAAGUUUAAAGUAUCCUUUCAGAAGGUAGAUUUAUAUGAAUAUACUAAUAGUACUUAAUCAUCCAUCUCAUGCAACCAGUCAGAAGCUUAAUUCAGUUUUCUGGCGCGCCAAAUUUUUGUUUAAAACAAGUCAUUAGAGUUAUAAAUAGAACUAAUUAUAGAGAUUAUUUGGUAUCAAUAAAAGGGUGGUAGUUAAAAAUAUGCAUUCUCUCAUAAUAUUCGUACAACUUUGUCCAAGAAUUUAAUUUUUUUUUUUUAAAUUUUCUUAAUUGUCUAUAAGGCAUAAAGCUAGGAACUAAUUAAAAAUUAGUGAAAAGUACCAUUUUCCAUUUCCUUGCAACAUUUAUAGCGAAAUUAAGUUGAGUAUAAUUUUAACAACCUAUUUCUUUGCUUCACAUUAUUUUCUAAUUUAUGUCAUAUUUAUACAGGGUGAUUCACUACUUGUACAAUAAAGUUCGUUAGGAGCUUCUAUACCCCAGAUGCAAUAAAAAAGUUCAUUUGAACUAUCGUCUAAUUCUCAACCCUAUCAUAGUGAUUCGACAUUUCAUGUUUUUUCCAACUAUCAUUGAUUUUCGUUGUAAAUCUAUUCGUAGCUCUUAAACUAUUCAUUUUUGGGGAACUUAAAAAAAAAAAAAAAUAAAAAGUGUUAAAUUUUGUUUAAGAAGGCAACCGUAGUAGAACUUUAAUUUUUGGUAAAAAAAAUAAAGCCUAAAACUCAAAAACUGCUAAAUUUAAAAUUUAAAAAAAAAAUUGCAAUAUGGUUUUAAAAAUUCAUGGUAAAGAUUGGCAAAUUUCAUAACACUUUGUUUGUUUGAUAUGUUUUCUAGAGGUAUACUCUUUUCUACUAAUUACAUUGAAACCAAAUGCAGAAAUUAUAUGCUAAAUGGGGGGAAAAAAAAUGGUGACGAUUUGAAAAAAAGGGGAA